AUGGAGGUCGUGAGCAACCUGCGGGUGGAGGCGCCCCUGGUGCGCUGCGACCCGGCGGCGCCCUGGCUCAGCAUCGAGGGCGGCGUCCAGGGCGUGCUCGUCAACGACACCCUCCUCGUCAACGGCGCCAUCGCGCCCGAGGCCAGCCUGCCGUACCUCUACCUCUCGGGCGGCACCACGGGCCUGGAGCUGAACACCAAGUUCGCCGCCGUCACGGGGCUCGGGGACCCCGGCGGCUUCUGCGAGCUGGCCGUCAUCAACCAGGCACCGACGGGCGUGGCGCGGCUCUUCCUGGGCACACAGAACAACGCCCCGGCCGGCGGGAAAUGCGAGCUCGUGGCGCUGGCCAACGGCGGCGCGCAGCUCAACGCCCUGGACCAGACCAUCGCGCUGAACACUACGGGGAGCACGGCGAACUUGGUCAUCGAGCCGAACACCGGGGGGUCCAAUAAUGGAGAACUCGACUUCGCAUGCGAGACUGUCAUGAACCGAGCAUCCGAACAUAACUUAGUCACACUGCUCGACAACUGGUCAACGCGCUGGAAGCAUCGUGGCCGCACUCGAGCCAUCGGUCCGCAUGCUUACGAAAAGUACAGCACUCUCGGCUUCUUUGGACACGGCGGGGUCUUUGGCAUUUCAAGAGCAUCUGAAAUGAAAAAAGCAUGCAUCGCCGUGAACCAGUUUCUCAGAGAACGCUUUCCGUCUCAGACGUGGACUUCCAUCGCGGUGUUGUACAAUCCGUCAAUGCCUUUGCAUCGCGAUAUCCUGAACAUGAAAGGUCAUGCCAAUCAUGCUAUCACUUUAGGCAACUUUAUGGAAGGUCGAGUCUGGAUCGAAGAUGAAAACGGACAUGCAACUGCAUUGCUGGAAACGAAAAGCGGUCAGAAGCUGCUUCGAGGAACGUGGGUUGACAUGCAUGACAAGCCCGUUUCAUUCAAUGCUCGGAAAUACCACAUGCUCGAAAAGCAUCGCGGAAACAUGUGGGCUCUUGCCGCUUAUACACCUCAAGCAUACAAACAUGCUCAUGAAUCUCACGUCGCGGAACUGAUGGAACUCGGCUUUCCCGUUCCGCCGCUUUAA